GUUUACCUAGGCGGCGCUGCAGUGAUUAGAAAGAAUGUGGACCGGCUCACAACUCAGGAUAUCUUUAACCUGCAGACGGCUCUCAGAGAACUACAAAAAGACAACUCAUCGAAAGGGUUUGAUGCUAUAGCCGCCUACCACGGCUAUCCGCCGCAAUGUAAGCAUGGCAACAAGGAUGUGGCCUGUUGUGUCCAUGGCAGUCCCAACUUUCCCAUUUGGCACAGCCUUCUUGUUGUCCAGAUUGAGCAGGCGUUGAUAGAAAAGGGUCUACCUACGGGUGUCCCCUAUUGGGAUUGGACUCAGGAGCUCCACGACUUGCCAGAGCUAGUCAGAGGCAGUGUUCUACCUAAUCCUGCUGGAGGUAAAACCUUGAACAACCCUUGGUACCAAGGUGAUGUCCACAUCGGGGAUAAAGUGUACCACACAUCUCGAGCAGUUGACGAUCGCCUAUAUCAAAAGGUAAAUGCCGGAGAACACACAGAUCUCUUCGAACAUGUGCUGCAUGCAUUUGAGUACACGACCUUCUGCCAGUUUGAGGUUCAGUUUGAGGUGUCCCACAACUACAUCCACUCCUUGGUUGGAGGUCGUAGCCCAUUCUCCUUGUCCAGCCUCGACUACUCGCUGUACGAUCCUAUCUUCUUCUUGCAUCACUCCAAUAUUGAACGUCUGGUUCAGGUGUACCGGGAAGUUCAGAAGUACAGAGGAAUCCCCGUUAAGGAUGAUAUGGACAUCUGCGACAUCAAGGGAAUCUUGGCCCCUCUGGAGCCCUUCAGUCGGGAUUCGAACCCUUUCCCUCUUACUAAAAAGUACAGCAGUGGGUGGCAAGCAGCAAAUCCUGGUGUCUUUGGAUACAAAUAUGAUGACCUGACACUGAAUGGGCUGACCACGGCACAAAUUGCUGAACUCAUCAGAGAAAGGCAAUCACAUGACAGGGUCUUUGCCGACUUCCGGCUUCACAAUAUUGGAUCGUCAGCUGAUAUCAGGGUCAAGGUUUGCGUGGAUGUGGUCAGUGAGCACGACACUGAUGACCAGUGUGAACAUGCAGGUGACCUCUUCAUCCUUGGAGGCUCCCUUGAGAUGCCCUGGUCCUUCAACAGACCCUUCCACUUUGAGAUCACCAAAACUGUGGAGAGGCUGGGUCUUCCCCUGGAUGGAAACUACCACGUAGCUGUGGACAUCUUCCACAUCAAUGGCACUCAGCUUCCUUCAGAUGUCCUUCCACAGGCAACUGUCAAUUUUAGACCUGCUGUUGGUAAAACUGACCCCCCCAUUAGUCAUAACAAAGAAGGCCACGAGCACGAAUUCCAUGACGAUGUGUCCGUACGCAAAAAUGUCGAUCGCUUGACAAGAGAAGAAAUUUUCCAACUCAGAGAGGCCUUGGAGAAGUUUCAGAAAGACCGCAGCGUGGAUGGGUACCAAGCUAUUGCAGAGUUUCAUGGCGACCCCGGAAAGUGUCCGACUCCAACAGCCAGAGAUAGAUUUGCCUGCUGCGUUCCAUGGGAUGUGGAAGACGCUCUUCGUCGACGUGGGUCACCGAUUGGUGUACCAUACUGGGACUGGACUCGACCCAAUACCAAGGUUCCUGAACUGGCAAGUGAAGAACUAUAUACUGACCCAUACACCGGUGUAGAGCAUCGUAACCCGUUCUAUGACGCGGAGGUCGCCUUCCUGGGCCAUGGCGAGCGAACGUCUCGUGAUGUCCAGUCGGGUCUGAGUGAAAGUCCAGCCUGGGGUGACCACACAGAGCUCUAUGAUGCCUUCCUGUUUGGCCUUGAACAGGACAACUUUUGUGACUUUGAGGUCCAGUUUGAGAUUGCACAUAAUCUUAUCCACGGCCUGGUUGGAGGACGCAGCAAGUAUGGUUUGUCUUCUCUGUCAUACAGUGCAUUCGAUCCUAUCUUCUAUCUUCACCACAGCAACAUUGACAGAAUCUGGGCCAUCUGGAUCGCUCUUCAAGAGCAUAGGCACAAGCCAUACAAAGCCCAUUGCGCCCAAUCAUACGUACAUACGCCACUAAAACCAUUCGCCUUCUCAUCUCCUUUCAAUAAUAACGAGAAGACCUUCUCCCACUCCACGCCCACCAACGUCUACGACUAUGAAGAAGAACUGGGAUACGCCUAUGACAGUUUGGAGUUUGGAGGAAUGAGUAUCCCAGAAUUGGAUGAUUACCUGAAUACCCUCAAGACAAAAGAGCGUGUCUAUUUGAACAUACAGCUUCAUGGCAUCAAAAAAUCUGGUUUGGCAACGAUAUAUGUGACAUCACUGAGCGGCCAGCGAUACACCGCUGGUCAUUUUGCCCUGCUAGGAGGUCCCUCAGAGAUGCCAUGGAGUUUCGAUCGUGAUUACAAACAUGAAAUCACCCAUGCUCUUGAAGAUCUCAGUCUUCACUGGGCAAUGCCUUAUGAAGUCACUCUGGAUAUCAAAGAGUUCGAUGGCACACCUAUCGAUGUCAGUCUGUUUCCAAAGAUAUCUCUGUCACUGAAGGGAACUGAAGAACCGCACACAACCAGCAGGUCAGACAUACACGUGCGCAAAAAUGUCAACCAGUUGACCCCAGAGGAAGAGCUUGAGCUGAGACGCGCUCUUGAAUUACUGGAGAAUGACAAGACCCCUGGGGGUUACCAAACUCUUGGCCGCUUCCACGGAGCCACGUUGUGGUGUCCCAGUCCUGCAGCAGAGACCAAAGUGGCUUGUUGCGUCCAUGGGAUGCCUACCUUCCUUCACUGGCACAGACUGUUGACUGUCCAAGCCGAGAAUGCUCUGAGAAGUCACGGCUACCACGGAGGGCUUCCUUAUUGGGACUGGACACAGCCACUGAAAUCCCUGCCUGCAAUUGUCGAAUCCCCGACUUAUGUUAACCCCAAAAACGGAAAAGUGGUUACAAAUCCGUUCUACAGCGCUCAUAUCGAUGACGCCAACCAGGACACUGUGAGGUCGGUGAGGGAGGAUCUGUACCAGGAUCCAGGAUUCGGGGGUUAUACGGCUAUAGCUAGACAGGUACUUCUAGCACUGGAGCAAGAAAACUUCUGUGACUUCGAGGUCCAAUUUGAAAUCGCCCACAACUUCAUCCACGCUCUGGUCGGUGGUAGCGAGGUUUACUCUCUGGCCUCCCUGGCGUACACGGCGUAUGAUCCAAUCUUCUACCUACACCACUCCAACACAGACCGGCUGUGGGCCGUUUGGCAGGCCCUGCAAAAAUACCGAGGCAAGCCAUCUCACAGCGCUAACUGUGCAGUUGAUAAAAUCCGACAGCCCCUGGCACCAUUCAGUCUGUCGUCGGAUGUGAACCCUGACCCUGUGACACGGGAGCAUUCAUACCCUUACCAAGUAUUUGACUACAAAACAAACUUCCAGUACGAUUACGACAACCUAGAGUUUAAUGGACUCACAAUCCCUCAGCUGGCUAGACACCUGGAACACAGCAAGGCAGAAGACCGGGUGUUUGUUGGAUUCAGGCUUCACGGAAUUCACCAUUCUGCCCUCACAAAGUUCUAUAUUUGCAAGAAAGCUGACGACUGUAAUCAUCCUGCCGGGGAAUUCUACCUUCUGGGGGACGAGCACGAGAUGGAAUGGGCCUAUGACCGCCUGUACAAAUACGAGAUCACUCAACAGCUGGCAGAUCUGCAUCUUCGAUACGAUGACCGCUAUACAAUCAAGUACACAGUCACUGGACUUGAUGGGGCGGAUCUUGGUCAUCCAUUCCCUGAGCCAACUGUGAUCCAUGAAGUUGGAACUAGCCACAUUUAUGGACAAGAAUACAGACCAGCGGCCACCGCAACGUCUCAUGUCCGUCGUGAUCUGAGCAGUCUGAGCCCAGGAGAGGUGGAAAGUCUUCGAGCUGCUUUCUUGGCGAUCCAGGAAGACCAUACAUACGAGAAAAUAGCUUCCUACCAUGGGAAACCUGGCCUGUGCGAGCAUGCGGGUCGUAAAGUGGCUUGCUGUGUCCAUGGCAACCCCAGCUUUCCAUCCUGGCAUAGACUUUACGUUGAGCAGGUGGAACACGCCCUGUUGGAGCAUGGUUCUUCUGUAGCCGUUCCUUACUGGGACUGGACGACGCCCAUCAUCAAACUACCCGACCUGAUCAACAAGGCAACAUAUUUCAACUCCAGGCAGCAGAAAUUCGAUCCCAACCCUUUCUUUAGUGGCAGAAUCGCUGGAGAGGAUGCAGUAACCACAAGAGAUCCACAACCGGAACUGUUCAACAACGAGUAUUUCUACGAACAAGCUCUGUUUGCCCUCGAACAGACACACUUCUGCGACUUCGAGAUUCAGUUUGAGGUGAUCCACAACGCCCUGCAUUCAUGGCUGGGUGGACACGCCAGAUACUCCCUUUCAUCUCUGGAUUAUGCCGCUUUUGAUCCGGUUUUCUUUCUGCAUCAUUCCAACACUGACAGAAUCUGGGCAAUCUGGCAGGAGCUACAACGUUACCGCGGCCUGCCCUACAACGAGGCGGACUGCGCUAUCAACUUGCUCCGAAAACCUCUCAGACCAUUUGGGGAUAGCGACAACGAGGAUAAAGUGACCAGAAAAUACAGCCGGCCUGCGGACACCUUUGACUACCGCAACCAUUUUGAUUACGAGUACGACAACCUGGAGUUCAACCAUCAGACUAUCCCUCAGCUGGAGAACUUACUGAAGCAGCGUCAGGAGCAUGGGCGAGUGUUUGCUGGCUUCCUGCUCCACAACAUUGGUCUGUCCGCCGAUGUGGCGGUUUACGUUUGUGUUCCUACCGGAGCAAAGGGAAAGACAAACUGCAACCAUAAGGUGAGUGUUGAAAGGUGGAAGAUGAAGAAAACCUUUGAUGAGGAUUUAAUCUCAGAAUUCACAGAAUCACGAAAAACUGUUAGAGAUCUGGGUCUCCGUAUUCAGAGUGCCGCCAAUUUCCAUCUGAAGGUGGAGGUCACAGCCGUCAACGGCAGCCAUCUUGAUGCUCACGUUCUCCAUGAUCCCAGUAUCAUUUAUGUUCCUGGAACUGAUGAAGUUGAAGAUCAAAGUGGACAGGUCAGUUCAGUUUUGGUCAGAAAGAACAUUGAAACGUUCAGUCCACUAGAAGGGUACCAUCUGGUCAAGGCGCUGACGGCACUCAAAGCUGAUGACUCAGCUGAUGGCUUCCAAUCCAUCGCAUCUUUCCAUGCCCUGCCACCGCUAUGUCCAAGUCCUGAGGCUAGCAAAAGACACGCUUGCUGUAUACAUGGAGGGGCAGCUUUCCUGCAGUGGCACCGCCUCUACACUGUCCAGUUCGAAGACGCCCUCAGACGCCAUGGCUCUCUCGUGGGCAUGCCUUAUUGGGACUGGACACGAAUUUCCCUGCAACUGCCCCAGUUCUUCACCUCGUAUAACUACACUGACCCCUUCACUGGAGUCUGGAGUGAUAAUCCUUUCACCAGCGGCAGAAUUGAGUUUAAGCACACAAACAUCGAGAGAGAUAUACAGACUGGCUUGCUGUUCAAAGUAGGACCCCACGGCUGGGACACCUGGCUCUACAACCAGGCUCUCUUCGCGUUGGAGCAGGAAGACUUCUGCGACUUCGCCGUACAACUGGAAAUCACCCACAACGCCAUCCAUUCCUGGAUUGGUGGGUCCAAGAAAUACUCCAUGGCUCAUCUACAUUAUGCUUCUUAUGAUCCUGUGUUCUUCCUGCAUCACUCCAAUACUGACAGACUCUGGGCAAUCUGGCAGGAGCUUCAACGACAUAGGGGGCAUAAUCCAAAUGAGGUCAACUGUGCUUUGGAAAAAUUAAAAGAACCAUUAAAACCAUUCAGCUUUGGGCCACCCUACAACCUAAACCAGGUGACACGAGACAACUCUCAUCCCGAGGACACCUUUGAUUACACGGGCCACUUCCAUUACCGCUACGAUACCCUGGAGUUUGUGGGCAUGAACAUCCCCACUCUAGACGCUUACAUCCAAGAGAGACAGGAGCAUGACAGAGUUUUCGCUGGUUUUCUGUUAAAAGGAGUUGGUCGGUCUGUGAAUGUGGACUUUGACAUCUGCAAUGCUGCCUCGGACAACUGCUUCCCUGCUGGUUACUUCUCUGUUCUUGGAGGCUCUGCUGAGAUGCCCUGGGAGUUUGACAGGGUCUACAAAUAUGAGAUCACCCGUCAGCUCAAAGAACAUGGUUUUCGGUAUGACGACGACUACCACUUCAACAUCCAUGUCAAGGCCAUUAACGGCACUGUACUGGACAGCAGCCUAAUUCGGGAACCUAACGUCAUCUAUGUGCCCGGAAAACACGCAACCUGCGCAGUUUUGGAUGAGAGAGACAUCCAGAGUCUGCAGUCGGCCCUUCGGGAUCUUCAGGCAGACAACACCAAUGAUGGCUGGGCCAAUCUGGCAUCGUUCCACGGAGCUCCCGCUCGUUGUCCUGAUCCUGCCCAUCCUACUGUAGCCUGCUGCCAACACGGCAUGCCAACGUUCCCACACUGGCAUAGACUUUUUACCCUGCAGGUUGAACAGGCACUACAGAGACAUGGCAGUGCAGUGGCUCUGCCGUACUGGGACUGGACAUUGCCCAUCAAGGAACUGCCCAGCAUCUUCACAAAGGUGGACUAUUAUGACGUGUGGAAGGAUGAGGUUCUGGACAAUCCCUUUGCCCAUGGAUACAUCCCUUCAGAAGACGCAUACACUGUCCGUGAUGUGCAGCCCCAGCUGUACAAGACUGACCAGGAUGGAAGUCACUCCAAACUGUUCAAUUCUGUUCUUGAAGCCCUUGAGCAAACCGACUAUUGUGAUUUUGAGGUCCAGUUCGAAGUGCUUCAUAAUGCCAUCCACUACCUCGUUGGAGGACAUCAGACGUACUCCUUGUCCUCCCUGGAGUACUCCGCCUACGAUCCCAUCUUCUUCAUCCACCACUCCUUCACCGACAAGAUCUGGAUUGUCUGGCAGAAAUUGCAGCAGAGGAGGCAUCUACCAUACGACCGAGCUGAUUGUGCUGUCAACUCAAUGAAUGAGCCAAUGAAACCAUUUAGCUUUGAAGGGUUUAAUGAGAAUAGAGUUACUAGGGAGCAUGCUGUUCCCAGUUCAGUAUUUGACCACGAAGACCUAGGCUAUGGAUAUGAUAACCUGAACAUCGGAGGUCACACAGUGGAACAGCUGGAGAAGCUCAUCCACGAACGACGCAACCAGAAGCGAGUCUUUGCUGGAUUCUUGCUGAAGGGAGUCAAGACUUCGGGAACUGUCUCCAUUAAAAUCUGCAAGGCCGAUGGCAAAUGCACCAAAGCUGGGAACUUCAACAUCCUGGGAGGACCCACCGAGUCGCCAUGGGCGUAUGAUCGGCUCUACAAGAAAGAGAUCACCCGGUAUCUAACAAAGGCUAACCUGCUGCCUGAAGAUGUCUUCGAUUCAAACAAACAGAUUCACCUAGAGGUGGAGGUGUUCGAUGUGGAAGGGCAUUCUCUAAACCCGAAAGACGUCUUCCCGACUCCGUCAAUCAUCUUUUAUCCUGGUGCAAGUGACACACAAGAGGCAGCCUCAACAACCGUUGCUGGAAUUGGUAUCCGUAAAGACGUCUCUCAUUUAACAACUUCAGAAAUCAAGAACCUUCGAGAUGCACUUCGACGAGUUCAGAACAACACAGGCCCUAAUGGUUUCCAGAACAUUGCCAGCUUCCAUGGCAGCCCAGCUCGGUGUGAGUAUGAACACCAUCCUGUGGCUUGUUGUCUCCACGGAAUGGCCAACUUCCCUCAAUGGCACAGACUGUAUGUCAAGCAGUGGGAGGACGCUCUUACAUCUCAGGGAGCCAAGAUCGGCAUCCCAUACUGGGACUGGACCACUGCCUUCACGGAGCUUCCAUCUCUAGUGACUGAAGAAGAGGACAAUCCAUUCCACCAUGGUCGCAUCUACAAUGGAGAAAUCACGACAAGGGCCCCAAGAGACAAGCUCUUCAACGACCCGGAGUUUGGCAAGCAGUCCUUCUUUUACAGACAGGUCCUGCUGGCAUUUGAGCAGACAGAUUAUUGUGACUUUGAGGUACAAUAUGAAAUUACUCACAACGCUAUCCACUCCUGGACUGGUGGUCAGUCUCGCUACGGCAUGUCCACUCUUGAGUACACCGCCUACGACCCGCUCUUCCUGCUCCACCACUCCAACGUGGACCGUCAGUUCGCAAUCUGGCAAGCCCUGCAGAAGUUCAGAGGUUUGCCAUACAACAGUGCCAACUGUGCCGUACAGCUUCUGCAUCAGCCGAUGAGACCCUUCAGCGAUGAGGAUAACGUCAACCCAACCACACACGCAAAUUCUCGGGCUAGUGAUGCCUUUAAUUAUGACAGACUGGGCUACCAGUACGAUGACCUCAACUUCCAUGGUCAUACCAUCUCUGAACUCAACGACAUCCUAGAGGAACGUCAAAGCCACGAUCGCAUCUUUGCCGAAUUUCUGCUCCAUGGCAUUGAGACCAGUGCAGAUGUGACCUUUGAUCUCUGCGAUGAGGUUAACCAUUGUGCUUUUGCCGGGACAUUCGCGGUUUUGGGAGGUCCUCUGGAGAUGCCAUGGGCAUUCGAUCGACUCUUUAGGUAUGACGUUACAGAUGUGUUCAAUAAGCUGCACCUGCAGGCGGAUUCCGAGUACCAUUUUGUGGAUCACAUUGUAGCCGUCAAUGGAACGGAACUGGACAGUCAUCUCAUCAAGCCACCAAGUGUCCGGUUCGUCCCUGGCACAAAGGGUCCCAGGCGUGAAGUACCAGAGACAACUGUUGUACCAUCUGAUAAGUUACUGAGGAAGAACGUGAACCAGCUAACCCUUGGGCAAGCCGCCAACCUGAAGAAUGCCCUGCACAAACUUCAGGAAGAUCAAGGUCCAAGCGGAUAUGAGGCUAUUGCCGGCUUUCAUGGAGCUCCCUUUCUGUGCCCAGAAAAUGGAGACCAGAAAUACGCCUGUUGUGUCCAUGGAAUGCCGGUUUUCCCACAUUGGCAUCGUCUGUUUACUGUCCAGUUUGAACAGGCUCUGAAGGAGCAUGGGGCCGUUAUUGGUGUACCUUACUGGGACUGGACAGCUCCAGGCAGAGCACUGCCUCCCUUCCUGACAGACUCUGGCAACGACAAUCCUUUUAGCAGCUACACUAUUGGUUUUGCUGGCCAGAAGACAACCCGCAGCCCUCUAGAAGAACUCUUCAGCACCAACACCUCAGAUGGCCACACGCUCUUGUAUUCCUUGACCCUGGAUGCUCUGGAAGAGGUGGACUUCUGUAACUUUGAGAUCAUGCUGGAGUUCCUACACAACAGAGUCCAUUUCUUCAUUGGAGGUUCCGAUACCUACUCAAUGUCCACCCUUGAUUACUCAGCGUUUGAUCCCAUCUUCAUGAUUGUUCACUCAAGCAUGGACAGGAUCUGGGUCCUCUGGCAG